CGCGCAUCACUCGUUGCCAAACAUUAAUACUCACACAAAGAGACGCAAAUCGCCUCACUCAUAUUCCCGCACUCUGUUUAUCGGGCCCGCCUGCUCACAAUAGUGUUGCCGUAGCUCUCAAGCCGAAAGUUGUGUGUAGCGCGACGCACAGACGAGUCAUCUGACAUCGUCAUCAGCAAGCAUCGCGUGGGCACUGGGACGUGGAGGACAGCAGUAUCGCUCACAUAUUCGCUCCUGCCCAGCCCCGUCUUCGAUGUCUGUUCCUACCUCAGGUGCCUGAGACCAUAAAAUCCAGGCUGGAUGAACGUGUCAGCGACCGUUAUUGGUGAACCGCAAGCGCCCAGCUGGCCUUGCUUUGAACCCCACGACACCUGACAAACACCCUCCACGCCGACAUGGACAAUGCCCAGGACGACAAGCUCGGCAAACUACUACCCAAGGCCAUUGCAGAGAAACGGCGCCAACGCAAACAGAAUCGCACAGCAGCAACGGGAAGCCUGCGCACAUCGAAAACAUCCUCGAGCUUUGGUGGCGAUAGUGACGGCACCGGCUCAGCAUCUGCCUCUAACCUGGCGGAUGAAGACGAUGAACGAAGCCUCAGAGACGACCGCAGCUUCGGCUCCUUUGAGUCGGGGCUUGAGCCAGAGAACGCGACUGCAACAGGCCGUGCACCCUUCAAGAGUUCAAACAACUCAAGGAACCCCUCGAGGGCGCAGUCUCAAUCCCCAACGCGACCAGGGGCAGUUUCGCAGCAUCCUUCGCUGAUCGGCUAUCUGACGACCGCGUCGCCCGUUGUCCAGGCGGCGCACAUCGAUCCUCAAUCGCAACCCGCAUCGCCUCAGCAACAAGCGGUUAGGCCAUCAUCCAUCGAUUCUGGCCUCGGUCCACAGCUGCCCACGACGGCUACCGCAGCCGAAACCCCUGCGGAUCUACCAAAACUCAAAUUGGCUUUCCCUGGCGGAUCAUCCCGAAGUGGCCGCGACAUCGACCAGGACGUUGCACCGCCUCUGACACCGACGUAUCUCAACAGAAGCCGCGAAGCUCCGUCGAUCGUCAACACCCCUCCAAGUCCAGUGCAGCCGUUGCCCGAAACCGAUUCGCUUGAGAAAAGAGCUGCUACGUGGAAACUCCCGAAUUUCUCGCCUGCAGCCGGAUCACCGACAGGUCGAACCUCGAACCAACACAAAAGAAGCUCGUCGACUUCUGCUACGAUCGGGCCUAGCAAACUUUCGUCCAGCGUCACGGCGCUGACGCCCCCUCCCGAGGGGCUCGAGGCGACACUGGGCCAACCGAAUUCCGGCUUCUUCUCGUCUAUGAUAUCCGCUGCGCAGUCCGCCGCCAACAAUCUCAGCUCCAACAUUCAGAACUCGGGUCUUGCCCUAGGGACGACGAACAAAGGUAAAUCUCCGCCGACGAAACCACGAGACCAAGAAUCAAGCCCGGCCGACAACACAGAGACGGAAUCGAGCCAGCCACCGACGCAGGCACAGGCACCGGCACAAGCUCAGGCGCAACAGAACAACCUCAUGGACCAGAAAGACAAAGACUCUGCUGUGCGGACACUUGGCGCAGGUGGUCUCAGCCUCGAUCAUUUCGGUAUAGAAGAGCCUGUGAGCUCCACUGCAUCGCAUUCGGUCAAUCGCUUCAUGGACAUCGAUAGCACAAGGGCCCGCUCGGAGUCAGCGCCAGCCGAUUCCCAAAAUGGCAUCGAAUUUUUGCCAGAGGAGGCCGCGAGCCGUCCGAGGUCGCUCAACGAGGGCCAGGAGGGCGAGACAACGCCGCCUCAGUCACAGCUCGAUCUAGAUGACAAGAUGGGCAUGAGCAGGGCGGGAAGUUUGCGGCGAGCUCACAGGAAAAGGGGUAGCUCCGUCACCACAGCGCACACUGGUACGAACAUGGGCGCCCCAUUGGGCAAUCUUGUCAGCCCUGUUUCUCAGCCGACCGCGAAUCUCAGCACACCCAAGCUGACAGGCUUUGCUAUUGCGAGCAAGAAGCGGAACCGGGACUUUCACUCCAUCUUCAAAAGCGUUCCUGACGACGACUACCUGAUUGAGGAUUACAGUUGUGCGCUACAGAGAGAAAUUCUAGCGCACGGGCGCCUCUACGUCUCAGAAGGUCACUUGUGCUUCAGCAGCAACAUCCUCGGUUGGACGACCACCUUGGUGAUUAGUUUCGACGAAAUCGUCUCGGUUGAGAAGAGAAGCACUGCCCUCGUGUUUAAAAAUGGUCUGAUGAUCUCCACACUACACGCCAAGCAUGUGUUCGCAAGCUUCACGAGCCGUGAUGCUACGUACGACCUUAUCAUCAAUAUCUGGAAACUAGGUCAUCCAACGCUCACGAGCACACUGAACGGCGUGCGACUUGAGGGAACUGGAGGCGAUAAGACAGAGAAGCUUGAUGGUACUCAGUCCAUUGCAGGCACGGAGACCGUCGCGUGCUCAGACGACAGCGAUGAAGAAUCGGAUGACGAUGGUGACGAGUUCUACGACGAGGGGGACAGUGAGGAUGGUGUAGAUGGUGACAAUGGAAUGCCCGUGGCAGAAGGAGAGGUCGAGAAAAUCGCGAACAGAAAGGCUUCGGGCGUCACGGCGAGCAAUGGCGUGUCUACUUCGGCAAACAAGGACGGACCAGUGCCGAAUGGAGCAGUCGAAUUCCCUGGGCCAGCCACCCAUGCUCCUACCGAUUGCGGUGAUGCUGCCAGUCACUACGACAGGGUGGUUGGCGACGAUGUCAUCGCCGCUCCUCUAGGCAGGAUAUAUGACCUCAUGUUUGGUCAACACUCUGCGGCUUUCAUGACAAAGUUCCUGGCGGUUGAUCAAAAAUGUCUCGACGUCCAGAUGGAGGACAAGCGUGGCAUGGGACCGGACAACAAAACACGCACGUACAACUACAUCAAGCCCCUGAACGGGCCCAUCGGCCCCAAGCAAACGAAAUGUAUAAUCUCAGAGUCCCUGGACAGCCUCGAUUUUGAGAAAUCCGCCAACGUUACUAUCCAAACACAGACACCAGAUGUGCCCAACGGCAACAUGUUUGUUAUCAAAACCAAAUAUUGCUUGUCGUGGGCGGAGAACAACUCGACUCGUGUAUUUGUCAACUGUGGCAUUGAGUGGUCAGGAAAGAGUUGGAUCAAAGGACCGAUUGAAAAGGGCGCAAACGAGGGCCAAAUCGAUCACUGCAGGGCGAUCUUUGCAUCCCUCCGAGCCGCCAUCUCCACCAGGCCCAGAGCUGGUACAGGUCCAGGCGCAGGCGCUAAUGGCGCCAAAAUCAAGAGGAAGGGGAAGAAGGGCAAGCAAUCCCAGCCCUCUGACGCAGAGAAGACGCCCACAAAGACUAUAGCGAAGCCUGAUUGGGGCUUGCUGGAACCUAUACGACCUCUGUUGGAACCAGUCACCGACCUCUUCAAGCCUUUACUGGGCGGCAAUCUCGUUUAUGGCUUGAUUUUGGGGUUGCUGAUGGCAUCGUGGCUCGGACUCGGAUUGAACCCCCGAAAGGGAGCGUCCAAAUACGGUGCUCUCUCGGGGGCAUAUGCACCAGAUCGCAUCGCGGCCUACGAGGAAAUCUGGCAGAGGGAAGACAGUGAACUGUGGGACUGGCUAGAAGAAAGGACGGGACUGCAUCGUCUCAACUCGGACGGGCCCAGCACACGAAAGAAGGCCAUGUCGCCCCGAACGGCGGAGGAGAAGUUACGGGCGGAGCGCAGCAACACGCGGAAUGUGGAGGAGGCCAUACGUGUCACGGAGGAGAAGCUCAAGGUGAUGCAGGAAGCCAUGGAGAAGUUUGGUCGGGCGCGCGAAGGACAGGGCAGUCCAUCUGCGGGGACCGGAGUGUGAUCGAGCAGGAGGCGCGUUGCAAUAACAGAGAGUUGGGGGAGGAGGUCAACAGCACAUCCAAGAACAGCGCAGCACAGCCAGGCGGCACUUAUUUUCAUUUCUUCAUUGUUCAAUCAUAUACAAGGCGUCCAUUUGUCAUGGUCUCGGCCUCAUCGGCGCAUGGUUUCUGUCUGCUCUUUUUGCUGUCUGAACCGGAGCACAUCGCAUUUUUUCACGGAAACACAAUGAUCACCAUCUGCGGCAGUACUGACGCAUGAGCUGUGAAGCAUUCGGCCAGCCUUACAGACCAUGCCGCCAUUAACGUUAGGUAGUUAAGCCCCACACUGGGAUGAUGAUGAUGUGCUGGAUUUAGAGUUUUGGACCCUGAAUUACUCCGUAGGGAACAAGCAAUGGCGCAUGGGCC